CAGGGAGGCGCCGUUGUGGCUCCCAUUCGAAGGCGACGGCGGUCGUCUGUAUUUCGGCUAUAAUCUCAUCGGAAAAGCUCAAUUCCGCCAGGCGGACAGCGAAUUUGACUCACUUUCAUGUUUCGGUUUAUUCCCAGCUCUUCUCGCUCGAGCUCUCGGUGGGACUCUGGAAUGACGGCGCGCGCAGAGAAUUUGAAUUAGCUCGCAGUUAGUUUUGAAGAAAGAGUGAGUUGGGGUUGAGACGUAGCGAGAAGCCAUUUUGUCCCGACUUGUGUGGGAGAAAAAAAAAAAAGAGAGUGGGAAAAGAGGAAUCACACGGGAGGAGAUACCAUCUUUUUUGCUUUUUGUUUUCAUGUUGUAAGAGAGGAAACAGUUGGGAUAUUUUUCAACCUCUCGGACACGCAUUUUGGGUCCUCCGCUCGGCUUGUAUUUUAGCUCACACCUAGCUCGCCGAAGCUAAUCAACAAAUCCCAGAUUGUUAACUGUUAACAGCCAGGAGGGCUGGAGCGGGUUGGUCAAGUUGGCCACGGAGCUGGAUUUAGACUUCACGUAGCCGUGCUAGUUUGUCGUCGGUCUCUUUUUGUGUCUGGGUGAACAUAUAUAUACUUUUUUUCCCCGAUGGCGAAAAAGACGUACGACUUGCUGUUCAAGCUGCUGCUGAUCGGCGACUCGGGUGUGGGGAAGACCUGUGUGCUGUUCCGCUUCUCGGACGACGCCUUCAACACAACCUUCAUCUCUACCAUAGGAAUAGACUUCAAGAUCAAAACUGUGGAAUUACAAGGAAAGAAGAUCAAACUACAGAUCUGGGACACAGCAGGACAGGAACGGUUCCACACCAUCACCACCUCGUACUACAGAGGAGCCAUGGGCAUCAUGCUGGUCUACGACAUCACCAACGCCAAGAGCUUCGAAAACAUCAGCAAAUGGCUGCGCAACAUUGAUGAGCACGCAAACGAAGAUGUUGAGAGGAUGCUGCUAGGCAACAAGUGUGACAUGGAGGACAAGAGGGUGGUCCCCAAAGCCAAGGGAGAGCAGAUCGCAAGGGAGCAUAACAUUAGGUUUUUUGAGACGAGCGCCAAGGCCAACAUCAACAUCGAGAAGGCUUUCCUGACGUUAGCAGAAGACAUCCUCAGAAAGACGCCCGUAAAAGAGCCCAACAGUGAAAACGUGGACAUCACCAACGGAGGCGGCGUCACAGGCUGGAAGAGCAAGUGCUGCAGCUGAACAACUCCUCAGUUUCACCCACACUAACACACACCGACACACAGACACGCGAUCUCUCUUUAACUGCUAACUCUAACCGUCUCCCCCCCCCUCUAACCCGUCUCAUGAGUUUUCUCUCACACUGACACUUUGUCUCUUUAUCAGAAUAAAACAAUAAACCACCUCACUCUUCUAAACCCCCCCCCACCCCAACCCCGCUCUCCACUCCUCCUUUUCCCACAUCAUAUUCCUCCACCGUGCAUCUGAUGAUCAUUUUUAUUUCUGAUAAAAGGAGAAAUCCAGUCACGUUUCUUGUCAUUUGUUUUAAACAUAAAAAAAAGACAAGUGUGAAAAGACAAUAUUUUUAAUAUUUCCUUUCGCCUAAGGUCACUUUAGUUGGACUCCCCACCCCUCCUCCCUUAUCCUCCCAAACACCGCCCACCCACAGCUCUCUCUUUUCAGAGGAACUCCAAGUAAACAGAAAAUCAGACCAAAAAAAAUAAAAAAACUACUAUAGGAAUAACAUUUUGUACACUCAGUGGGCUUUCUGUCAUCUUACCGUGUUUGUUUAUUUACACUUUGUUACCAAGUGACAGAGGCGUGGCUAGCUCCUUUUGUAUGUGGGGGUUUAUUUUGUCCUGUGCCUUAUAUGGAAGACAGGGGCGGGGCUGUGUGGUGGGUGGAGCCACAUCUACCCAAUGAAAUUGCAGUUCGGUAAUCUGUCAGUUCAGACUCUCCUUAUGAAGAAGUGGAACUGAAGCUAAGGCGUUUGAAUUUCUGCUUCAGCCAAGAGAACGGCAUUAUACAGUAUGUCCUGUUUAUUGAUGUUUUAUUUUUAUCUGUAUGGAUUAUUUUACUUUAUAUUUGAGUUAUUUUUUUUUUCCCCACUUUUUUUUUUUUUUUUUUUUGCAUGCAGGUUUUCUUUGGGUUGGAGAUGUUUCUGUAACAUUGUGUAAUGUUUGCCACUGGGUAACUGUGGGCGGGAGGAACACGAGUUCUCUUUGGAAAAAAAUAAAAUAAAAAAGUUCAAACAGUUUUGCAGAUCCAUUAAAAAAAAUAAGCUUGUUUAAGUUAA